CUUCUGGACCAUGCCCAGACGCACGUGUAUAGAUAUGUUCAUGAGACGCUUGUACAGGACGUCACUCACGUCACAGUCAGGCAUCACUGUGUCCAGCGCAUCCGUCAGACUGUCGCACGUAUGAGUCGACCACAAAAAUCGGCCGACAAGAACAGAACAGGACACUUCGCACCACACUCACACCGAACCAAUCGCUUGCCUGCUCAGUCACAGAGCAUUGGCGAUGGCACUCCACACCCUCCCCCCUCCUCACCCACCACGUACACAGGCUGAUACGAUGGGGCAACCGGUGACUGCAGCUCCUUAAGCGUGCUUCUCCCCUCGCGACUACCCGAGAAUCUGACUCUCUCGUACACGAACAUGGUGUACCCCCUGUCCUGCCGCUUGAACGAGAGCUCAAGCUCGUCCUCUCCCGUCACACGGAGUCGCACUGAGACCCACAAAAUGCCUGACUCAUCGGGCCUCACCCCGAGAGACGACAGCAGUGAGUUGUCCAUAAAUUCCUCAGUCAGCCACCCAUUCCCCUCAUGCACACCCGUCUCCCUCGCCUGGCUAGUGAUCGGGAGCACGCAGCACUUGCACAAGUCAGGGCCUGGUGUUGCCACAAAGGCCAGCCGCCGUUCUCCUGUCUGCCGCUCGACGUAGUAACAAAGGUGGUAGGAUGUCGAGUCAGUACUGUCCCUCUCCCGCCACGGCCCACACAGGGGCUCUCCCGAGAUGGCCAGACGCCACCGGGGGAUGGGCGAGGGCGCAGGGUACCCGAGAGGGAAGCGCGGAAUGCCGAGGACCCCGGCAUCGAUGCCGUCCUGGCCGAAGGGGACCUCCUUGUGAUUUAACCGAUCGCCCCAGCUGUUCUUGACUAACCACCUGCAAAAAAAAGGCAGGCACGCAGGCAGCAGAGUUACAGGGCCGAUAGUAGCGGAUGAGCCAGUCAUCUUCACUUACGCCCACUGGCCGUAUGGCAUCUUCUUCCAGCCGUCGAUGACAACGGCGUGCAGGCCCCGCGGUGUCGUGUGCCCACUCUGCGUGUCGUACGCGCCUUCUGGCGCGCCAGUGAAAUCAGCCGUGACCUCAAAACCUGAAUCAAAGGACGCCAAUCAACAGGUGCCAAAGUAUCCCUCAAACGUACCUGUGGACACGACGGGCCCCUUGUGCUCGAUCCAUCUGAAUAAGAAGGAUGCCCAAACAGAUCGGUCUCGUAUAUCAUCUCUUUACUUCAUCUGUACCGGCAGAUCUCCUCCACCCUCUCAUGCUCCGUGCGUCCAUGGCCAACGCGCAUAGGAGGCGCACCGGUCAGACACUCCAGUGCAUGAGCAGGGUUUCCACCAUCUUCAGCAGAGGCAACACCGCACAGACGCAUCACCCGCUCCUCAGUGCACAGAUGGGACAGUUCCCGGAGAUCCUCAGAUUGCCAGCCGCUUUGCUGUAAGGCAUAGCAUUUCCAUCCAACGGCGGGUGCGUGGAUCCAGCAUGUGCCGGCGUUUUGCUGGACGGGUUGGUCGAGGACAGCUCUCAGAACAGGCCACUUAUCUCGGCAGUCAAAGCUGACAGGGAGGUUUUCGGGAGGCCGCAGCCGCCCUGCCAUCGCCAGAU